CGCCUUGGCAACCGACCGAACCGAAACAACAACGCCAACUAGGACGCGACCGUUGAACGAAACACGAACGAGCCAGCUUGCGUGCGUCCGUUGAGUAUCGUCCGUAUUGUGUUGUUUUCCUUCAUAGUUCUGUAGUGGUGGUGCAAAAUGGAGUUCCGGGGGUUUUUCAAAAACACCUCCAUGAAGCGAGGCGAUCAGAUAAAGGUCGAAGUGAGCAGGCAGAACCAAAUCCAGCGGGCAAAAUCGCGCCAUGAAAUGCGCCAAACGUUCCGUAACAUGGGGUGCGAUUCCGAGGGAGAAAAUGAAGCGCCACCGGUGGAAGAAACGUACGACGAGUUCCUUCAGCAGCAGCUGCACCGGCCGCACAGCUCGAAAUUGGGCGGAAGUACUGUGGCCAGCACCAAAAACAAAAACCUCUCGCAGGAGGAACGCUUCCAGAUUCGCCUGUUGCGCUUGCAAGAGUUCCGCGAACGGAAGCGACGGAUGCAGCUGGAGCAGCGCGCGAAAGAGACCGUACCGUUCGUACCGUUCGUGUGCAAAAACAUAAUUGUGACGGAAUCGAAAAGUUUGCAACCAGCGGAUGGUGCGCGCAAAAAGCCUACUCCUCUGGGUGAAUGGCAGGAGCAGGCGAAUCAGAUCCCUGCCCGCACCAACAAAACGCCCGUAUUGGUAAACAAAUGCAUAAAACCACGGGUGGACUGCUGGCGUACGGAAAAGUUGCCCCGCAAAGCGACCGACAGUGAACCUCCGGUGCAAAAGCCCGUAUCGGCGAAGAAAGCUGUGCUCAUCAAAUCGGUCGAACGACCGACAGCAGCGCCCAAGCAGCCGGCACUCAAGCAGCGAGCAAAGGAAAUGCAACCAGCUGCUGUGGUGCAACCGGUAAAGCAUGUCCGGCACGCUGUGGCCAUUCGACCUACAGCCGCAGCUGCAGCAGCACGACCAUUGUCGCAAAAGAAGCAGGAAUUUGUCUUCAAACUGAAGCCACCAUCGGCAACGGACAGUGGCCACAUAGUAACGUCUACCGUUCGCAAGCAUCGCAAACCGCUAAAGUUCUCGUUCGAGCAUGCGUCGGAAAUGAAUAAGCCAAAAGCAACGCUAACCGUCAAUCGAGCGGACGAACUGUUUGACGGCAUUAGCCCGAUCGAGGUGGAAGCAUCCCCACCGAAACCAACGAUCGCAAUCAACGGUGUUAAUCUUUCAUCACCGACUGGCGACCCCGUUGUGGCCAAGCAAGAGGAAAGCCUUUGGGAACCGCAAACCGUCGCCUGUUUGUCGGUGUAUGAUUCAACGUUGCACGAAAUUGGCCAUUCCGAUGCAGCUGUGGCGGAAACGAAAUCGAAGCGCGAUUGUUCCGUUGGCGAUUGGGUGCCCGCUGCGGUACACCUGUUUGAUGAACCGUCCCACAUCACUUCGAACCUCGAUCGUCAGGAAGAUCGGCAGAGAAAACCUGCAGCAAUGAAUGAAUCCUUUACCAUUACGAAACCGGCGCUGAAUGAAUCUUUCACCAUAAGCGUUGGCACCUGCCAGUCGGACGAUGUUCCCUCGGUUUUACCCUCUGAGCCAACGGUGUUUAGGUUUUCCGCAGAGCAAAUGGUACAAUUAAACGUAAGCGCUUCAACUGAUCGAUCCGCAGAGUCGAAUACGUCGGGGGGAAAUAAGUUGAACGGAUCCACCAAAGGCAGGGUCUCAUAUGAGCGUUCGAACGAAGCGGGAAUCCAAGAGCCCAUCCAGGAACGGCGUAAGAGUUCGCCAAAGGACAGUAAGAUCGGAUUAACGAACGGCAGAUGCUCGCCUGAACUCAAACAGUUGGAAACCAAACAAGCCAUCCAGGAACGGCGCAACAGCUCGCCAAAGGACAGUAACAGAGUUUCGUCUGAACCUUUGAACGAAUCGGGAAUCCAACAACCGACUCAGAAACGACGCAACAGUUCGCCAAAGGACGGCAAGUUAAAUGGAUCGGCGAUACGGAAACGCGCCUCGUUAAUUUUUACGGAAGAACCGAUCGAAUGUGACAUUGUUCCGAGCAGAUCCAACUUAACCCUCGCCGAGAAGCAGCGUCAGUCGCUUGAGGAUGACGGUAAAAGCACGCCGCCCAGCAGCUCAUCCUCGUGUCCUACCGAUCCGUCACAAUCCUCUCCAGAUGAACCGGAAGCUACAAAACCACCGAAAGAGGUGGAAGAAAAGACACGGUACUACUACGACAAGGUGGACAGCGAGCUGGCCCGUCUACAGACGCUAUGCGCCGAGUAUGCACCGUUCCUCGAGGCAGACGCACCGGAGGAGCUGAACGAUCACUGCCGCGGGCUCAUUCUAGCGGCCCAGGGCCAAACAAACAUUCUCAUCGCCAAGAAGCUGACCAAGUUCCGCGAACUCAUUGGGCACUACGAAACGAAGUGGAACGACCGUAAGGUACGGCAUGACGAUCUGGAUGGCUUUUGGGUGAUGCUGUCGCUCGAUCUGGACAACCUGGACAAGCGGUUCGCGGAGUUGCGCACGCUCAAGGCAAACAACUGGCAGGAGCUAGUGCCGGAACCGAAGGUGAAGAAGCUGCUGGGCGGUGGCGGUGUGCGGAAGCGCGAGAAAAAGCCGUCGGUAGCGGCAAAGGCAAAAAAAUCGUCCGGUAUUGCCGAUCUGAUACGCAAGGCAAGGCAGGAGGCAAAGCAAAAGCAGAAGGCAACGAUUGCCGACCUGGAGGUGUUGAAGGAAACGGUGACGGUGGUGACGACACCGAUCAAACGGGCGGUACGGUUCGUGGAUUCGCCGCUGCCCACCAGCUUACAGAAGCGUUCGAGUUUGUGCACCGACUGUACGCCGACCACCGUUCACUGGAACCAGGAAUCGAACAAACCCGUGUCCAAACGUCACACCAUAUUCCCCGAGAUCACGCAGAGCAAAUCGGAGCUCGUUAAAUCAAUCCUGAAGCCGGCGAAAGUUAGUCGUAGCCGGCGUGCCAAGAGUGUACUGUUCCUGGAUGGUGGGCUCGAUACACCCCAGACUCGACGACGCCACUCGUCCCGCACGAUCGUGGACACACCGAAGCCGAAGAUCAAAUUUAACGACGAGCUCGAAAUUGAACACAUCGACAAUCUGGCAGCACGUACCCCGUCCCGGCUGGAGCUGGAGAUACAGAAGCGCCGUCAGCAGUCGCUGCUAGAGUCUGCUUCCCUACUUCUUCCAUCCAGUGACGACAAUGACAAGGACGCUGAGCAGCAGCAGCAGCAGCAGAAGAAGAAAGCACGCAAGACGUACGCACAGGGGACACCCCGUCGGGAUAGCGGUUCGGUGAGACGGUCCAAUCGUCGGGUGUCGCGUUCCAUUGCCGCACUCUUCGAUGACGAGUCGACCAGUACCAGCAAUGACUGCAAUGCGGAGGAAGAGGAACGAACAGGUUCAGCCCGACGAUCGACCCGCGCAUCGAAGAAUGCUCGCAAGAAGAUUUUGGAUGACUAAAAGUAUUGUAUGGUAAUGCGCGCACUUGGGUGGAUGUUUCGUUUGGUUGCUGUUUUGCAUUUGUUAAUAUAUAUUAAGGGCUUUUGUGGACUUUUACGGCUCGAAGACUAAUAAAAUAUUCACUUUUCUUUUAACCUUA